UCAUUUAUCAAUCUUGCGUGAAAACAGGCGCAGAUCUGAGCGCAGAAUUGGUCGUACGAUAGGAUCCACGUGUGAUUCAUGAAACAUUCGUAUCUGACCAAUCCCAGCGUACGAAUGAUCGGCUCUUGAUAAAUGCGGCGGCUGAAAUCGAUCGUCAUUAACAUGUUACGCCCUUAAAUAUUCCUGGUUCGGAGGCCCCGCCCACUAAGGUCAAACAUGGAGAGAAGAGUUACUGGCAAAAAACGAAACUUUUCAGAGAUGGAGAUCGACAUCCUGACAUCCGAGGUGGCGCAAAAUAAGGAUGUGCUUUUUGUCAGUCUGAAGAGCGGGAUCACAGGAGCUCAUAAAACCGCUGUGUGGAAGAGGGAGACGGAGGCAGUCAACAGCGUUGCCAUAGAGGAACGGACUCCGGCUGAGGUCAAGAAAAAGUGGUCUGAUUUAAAGCUGGCCACCAAAAAGCGGGUUACUGCACUAAAGCGCAACAUCAGGCAGACUGGAGGAGGCCAACCAGACUCCAGCCUGAUCUUGACGGGGACAGAGGAGAAAAUUGCCUCGUUGAUUGGGUCCGAGUCGAUCUCGGGCAUAAGUGGUGGAGGAGACACAGACGCACUCGCGUCAGAGCCAGAGCAGAAUGAGCCAGGCACCAGCGGUAUGUCGGCCAGGUCUCCUCCCCAGACUGGUCCCACUGCUGCCAAGAGUGAGCGCGUGCCCUCUGCCCCCCGUGCUGCGCCAAGACCAAACAUCGUCACGGCAUGUAUUUAUUUAUUGACCUCAGUUGUCGGCGCACUUGAGGCAAUAAAUAACACAUUAAAAGAAAUUAAUGACACUCUAAAAAAGCCAUAAUAAAAUGUUUAAAUGACUAAAUGUUGUCCAUUGUCUGUGUUUAGUAUGACUUUAGCCAAUUUCACCUAGAAUACUUUACAUUACUGAUUAAAUACUGCAGAGCAUUUGCAUGAGUUUAAGGUAUACUUUACGUUUUAAAAGCGAUGAAUGAGGUCCUGUCUCCUCCGUAUAGCCCCCAGUGGAGGCUGCACUGGCCGAGGUUCCAUGGGCAUUGGCUCAUCUGGCUGCACCGGCACAUCAAAAGGCAAACCGUUCACUAAUGCAAUGUUGUGCAAAACUGAACAGGCCAUAAUAAUGUCGCACACUUCUUCUGCGGUAUACAAUAGCGUUCCUCCUGCUGGUCCGAGACAGAGCCACCUGCCCUUCAGCAACCCGAAGCAGCGCUCCACAGUGACCCGUGUGCGUGUGUGCGCACUA